UUUCUCUCUCACAAUAUAUUGCUAUGUUUUAUUAUAUAUGUCUCUCUCUUGUGGAAUAAUUAUAUACUCUUUCAUCUCUUGUGAACCUCCAUAAAUACACUCUUCUCCAUACUCUUUACUUCCUCUCUCUAUCUUCUGUUCAUCCACUAUCUUGAUAUUUGCUCAUAGAGCAAAGAAAGAGUUAGCUAUCUAGGGUUUGUAUCUUUCAAGCUCCUAUUAUACGAUCAUGGGAAUUCAAAGGCCUGCAUGGUUGGAAGCCCUUUACGCACAGAAAUUUUUUGUGGGGUGUUCGUAUCAUGAAACAGCAAAGAAAAAUGAAAAGAAUAUUUGUUGUUUGGAUUGCUGCACCAGUAUAUGCCCUCAUUGUAUUACAUCUCAUCGCUUUCAUAGGCUUCUUCAGGUUCGCCGAUAUGUUUAUCAUGAGGUUGUCCGAUUGGAUGAUCUCCAGAAGCUCAUAGACUGUUCUAGUGUUCAGGCAUAUACUAUUAAUAGUGCAAAAGUGGUGUUCAUCAAGAAGAGACCUCAAAACAGACAAUUUAAAGGAGCUGGAAACUAUUGCACUUCCUGUGAUAGAAGCCUUCAGGAACCCUAUAUUCAUUGCUCUCUAGGCUGCAAGGUGGACUUCGUGCUGAAACAUUACAAAGACCUGAGUCCAUACUUAAGAACAUGCAGUACAUUAACACUGAGUCCAGACUUCUUGAUUCCACAAGAGAUGGGAGAAGAAGAAACUCAGUCGACGAUAGUGGACAGCGAAGAGAGAAUGAGUUGGUCAUCAGGAUCGGAGAAUAACAUGAGCGUGGCAUGCAAUCAAAGUCAGAUAGUGAGAAAGAAAAGAAGUAGUGGAUUAUACGUAUGUGGAAGAUCAGCUAAUAAUUACAAGGUGGUGGUUAAUUCCGAUAACGAAGACAUGGCUACCAGCAUGAUCAGUAGAAGAAAAGGAAUUCCUCAUAGAUCUCCUCUCUGUUAAGCAAAAACCCUUCUUCACGACAAUCUUAUUAUUAUUGAUUUUUAAUUUAUAUUUUUAGGGUACGUUUAAUUUCUAUCCAAAUUUUGAUUGA